CACCCCCCCCACCCUCCCAGUGGGUGUUUCAGAUGGACCUCUCUGUGUCUCCCACAGCAGAUCUGCCUCUGUGGAAGUGGGAGCAGGAGGUGAACGUCCCUCUGUGCAUGAGAGCCUUCCUGAAACAUGGCUGGUAAGAUCCAGACUCUGAGUGAAGAGGAGAGGGCCCACCUACUCCCCCUGCUACGAAACGCCCAGUGGGUGGAGGUUGUGGGCCGGGAUGCCAUCUACAAAGAGUUAAUUUUCAAAGACUUCAAUCAGGCUUUUGGUUUCAUGUCCAGAGUGGCUUUACAGGCUGAAAAGAUGGACCAUCACCCCGAGUGGUUUAAUGUCUAUAACAAGGUCCAGAUUACUCUCAGCACACACGACUGCGGGGGGUUGUCUCAGCGCGACAUCACUCUGGCCACCUUCAUCGACCAGGCCUCUCUGAUGUAAAACUGCUCCACGUCCAUUAACUGAGAAUCCUGAAGAUCAGACUUUAAAUGUCCAGAGAAAAGAGCGGGAUUACUUUCAGCUCUCUGUGAAAAGUCUUAGUUUGUUGUGAUGUGCAGUGUUAUACGAAGCUGAGAAAAAUCAUAAUAAUUCCAACAAUCAGGAAGCAUUCCAGUUAGUGUUACAGAGAACAUUGUGCUUUGUGUGGGUGAUGUUUUUAUAUGAUGUUAUUAAAAUGUUACACUGCAUUUGUGACGUACCUCAACAUGAACCAGGAAGCCUGGAGACCCACUAUGAUUCAACUUUAUCGUGCAUCUCUUCUCCAACACCUGCUAACCAGGGAUGUGUUUCAUUUAGGAAUGUUGGAGCCACGGUGCAUUAAAACGUUGCACAAAGUGACGUCUCCGGCACCACUUGACUGAAAACAGCAGAAACAACUAAAUAAACAAGUUGUUUCUGUUU